UUACUGACGUCUGUCAUAUAUAUUCCGUGCUGACAGAUUGUGUAUAAUUUUUCCUCAACUUUACACCUUUUUGUCGAUCUCCGAUGGUUUAUAUUGAGAAAGAUAAGAAGUUGGGUAGGAUAAAAAGGAACCGCUGUUGUAGAAUAAUCCCAGAGGAUGAGCACAAGCUCAAGCGUCUCUUCCGACAACGAAAAAAGCAUGUCGCUAAAGAGCUGGUGAAGGAUGUGGGAGUUAUAAAAACAGACGAGACGGAAAAACUGAUGAAUGUGGAAGACAGGUUGGAUAAGAAAAGACGAGAAGCCGAGGUUAAACGGGCCAGUUUGGUUGAGCAGUGGAACAAAUUGAGGAUGGAGGAGGAGGCUUUUCACUGCGUCGUUGUGGAGUUCAAUCAGUUCACAAUCGAAAACAGGGAGAGAGUACGGAGGGAGGAGGUCAGGAUAGUUGACCUGCGUGAUAAGAGAAUCGAGAAGGAGCUUGAAAUAUCAGAAAGAAGAAGAAAAAUCGUCUACUUUCAGAAUAUCCUCGAUAAGAUGAAACAGGAGCUGGAGAGGCACGUUUUGUACGAGAACUUCCUGAAUCAAUUCACGAACUGUGUUAAAGCCAAGAAUAUUGACGAUGUGCUGUACAGGUACGCUGUGCUGUUGGACUCCAGGGAGCAUAUGGAACAGACCACAAACAAGAGACAAAUAUCUAUAAGCCAUUAUUCUAGGGAUUACAGUCGAAUCCUCCAAAACUGGGGCAGCAAACUGCUCAAAUUCAGCGAGAAGCUGACCAUGCAAUCGAAAAAGUUCGAGGAGGCCAAACGUCUGGUCCAGUACUGGGAGAGAACCGUCAUCGACAUAGAGAAACACGUGCAGAAGAUAUGGACGGACCUGGAGAUGACGCGAGACGCGCUUGACAAUUUCGUGGUCCUUCUCCUGAUCCGCAUGGUGGCCAAGCUCUCGCCCGACUUCCUCAAGCAAAACAGGGAUAUCGAACAGAAACUGCUCACCACGGAGGGUAGGCUGCUCUUCAUGAACAAGAUGUUGAGGGAUGUCGCGCGUGUCAAGGAGGAGUUCCUGAAGGAAGAGGAACUCCCCGGCGAGGUUGACGAGUCGCCUGAAGCGAAGGAGCGACCACAGAAAAUCGCAUCGUGGAAAAAGAGAAGGCCCUUGGCAAUGAAAUUUCCCAAAAUAGGUACAGGUACGGCCUUGAUACUAGACACGUUGGAGAAAAAAAUGAAAGGCAUUGCGCCCCCGUUCGACAAGACGAAAACUAGAAGAUUGUCAAAGAGCGAGGAAUCAUCGCAAAAGAGCUUCAAUACGGCUUCCACCAUGGAGUCCGACAGAAUUGUCGGCUCCAGAGCCAGAGCGAUGACAACGUGGUUCAUCACCAAAGAGGGCAAGAAGAGGACUAGUCGACACAAAAUUAUCGAGGAGCCCGUUAACGUUACCAGGACCACGCUUUUGUCUUCAGCCCGGGGUCGUGAGGAAAGCAUACCUUGGAGCAGAAAAUCUGGAUUCCUCCCCAUCAAAUAUUCCUGCGUAUCGCUGACGACGGAUCCUUCGUACAAUAUAUUGGAAGAGAAGAGAACCAAACUGCGCGAUAGAAUCGUAGAGAGAAACUUCGAAAGAUACGAAAAAUUCGUUCGCAAGAAUUUGGACACCGACAGUUCUGUAAUGAAAAUAAACAAGAAAACCGGAAAAUUAGAAUUACCGAAGCUGAAGUUUACAGCGAAGCAGAUACAACAGAGGAAAUCCAUAUGUCGUAUCAAUAUUCCCCUUCUCGAAGCAGGAGCUAUACGAAAACAUAAGAAGAAAAGAGAUGAUGACCGCUCCUUCAAGAGUACAUACUCUCAGGCUUCCUCUGUCAAGACUGCGAAGAGUAAAAAGGAGAUGAUAGAUUUGGAAGAGAUAAGAAAAUUCUUAAGUCGGCCAACUAUUCUACAACACUUCACAUAUGGAAAUCUUACAUGAAGAUUUUUGUAGAUUUUAUUUUUAAGGACAACUUUUUAUGACAAACAUAUUUACACAUAUUUUACUGAAUAUACUUUGUUAUAUUUAUGAACCACUAUUAAUAAUGCAAUUCUUAAUAUUUUAUAAAUAAAGGAUAUCCAAAG